AUGAUAAGUGCAGCAGAGGGCAGCCCCAAUGGCAACAGCUGCUGCCAGCCGAACGGCAGGAUGGACGAUUAUGCACAGCAGGCCUUUGUCGAUGACAACAUUGCCAUAUCUCCAAAUGCCCCUGAGGAGGUCCCCACUCUUCUAAAGCGCAUAGCAUUGCAUAGUGAGGCUUACCUCACAGAGAAUGAUGAGAACGAGCGAACGAAGAUUCUCGAUGCAGCGCGAUCAUUGGUCUACGCUCUUGAGACUCCUCGAGAAGCCAUCAUCCGACACUGCUGGUCCCAGAGCACACUCUAUGCAGCCUUGGAGACGGGCGUCGAUCUGGGGCUUUUCACUGCCCUAUCGCAGAACGACAAACCGAAGACAUCUGGCCAACUUGCCGCAGCUACCGGUGCCGACCCAACGAUGCUUGCCCGCAUCUUGAAGCAUCUCGCGGCCAUGGGCGUGAUCACGGAGACUGGUCCUGAUGAAUACCGUCGCACGGGAUUUUCCAUGUCAAUGAUGUGCAAUAGAUACAGUGAUUCUUAUCCUUGCAUGACUGGUUGCAUCACUGAUGGCGUCCUAGCCCUUCCCGCCCAGCUCAAGAAAAUGGGCUACCGAAACCCCAGCGACGGGAAAGAUUGCGCCUUUCAGCGUGGGUUCAGCACACCGCUCCACUUUUUCGAUUUCCUCACAGAGAACCCUAUCCAUGCCGUCCAAUUUAACAAUCACAUGUCCGUAUACCACCAGGGACGACCGAGCUGGAUGGAUGUCGGCUUCUAUCCGGUGUUGUCGCUAGUUGCCGAGGCAAAUAUCAGUGAUCAUGACGCCUUGCUUGUCGAUAUGGGGGGAAGCUUGGGACACGACCUGUCAGAGUUCCGCCGCAAAUGGCCACAGGUGUCAGGUCGGCUUAUUCUUCAAGAUCUACCUAAGGUUGUGGAACAGGCCAGAAGUAUGAACCUGGAUCCGGCUAUUGAGCUCAUGACACAUGACUUCUUUACAGAACAACCGAUCAAGGGCGCCCGUGCGUAUUACAUGCAUUCUGUUUUGCAUGACUGGACAGACGAUGACUGUCGUCGGAUAUUGGCUAAUGUUAUUCCUGCUAUGAAGCGGGGGCACAGCAAGCUUUUGCUAAAUGAGAAUGUUAUUCCCAGCACGAAUGCAUACUGGGAAACUACCAGUCUGGACAUUAUCAUGAUGGCGGACUUUGCGUCGACUGAACGCACGGAGAAGCAGUGGCGGGCGCUGGUGGAAUCCGCCGGUCUCAAGAUUACCAAGAUAUGGACUGUGCGGAGGGGCGUGGAGAGCCUUAUUGAGUGCGAACUGGCUUGA